AUGGACUCCUCGUUGCUUGAGGUCUGGCAAGCUGCUGCUAGCACGCCGUUCCAACCCGCCGUCGCCAAGGAUUCCCAAUUCUUCAUUGCGUUCCUUCUUCUCCUCAUUGGUGUUGCUAUCACUGGUUUCUUCGCUCUGAACCGUUCCUUCAUCAACAUCCCAGCGCUUGGCGUGCCUGCCUCAGCUGCAAUUGCAUUCGGCACGGUAUACAUGUUCUGCGCGUGCGGUACCGCAGCCGCUGUUCCGCGCUGUGGCCAGCUCGACGAGACCGCUCUACCAGUUGCUGAGGACCAUCAGCUUCUCCAACAAGGUACUGCCUUCCUCGACAAGAAACUAUUUACGUCGUACUCUCUGAAUCUUGCGGAGGACGAGCCAUUGCCCAACUUUCAAAUCACACUCCCAGCACUUCUCGAGACGCUUCAGAUUUUCGGCGCCGUGGACAUUGCGACGCGCACACAAAAGGCCGAGCAGGACCCGUACCGCAGUAAUCUCCGCAAUUACCGACCAGAUGCGUUUAGUAACCAGACUCUGGGAAUUGGCGGAACUUGUAGCCUGGUAUAUACCGAAGAGGGCGGCCAAUUCAACAUUAUCAUCGAGGAAAGCGGGGUCAAGACUACCGCUAGCCUCACAACCUAUCUGCCGGAAAUCCCAGAGGAGAUACCCUUUGACCGGGAAAACCUGUCUUUCAAAAUCAUUAUGCAGGCACGCUACCUUCUUGACGCCUUGGCCGAGCUUGCACCCACCGGCCCCAGCCGCCUAACCAUAUCAGCCUCGAAGAAUCAACCCUACCUUUCCCUUUCCGGUGCUGGCGACCUGGGGUCGUCCAGCGUGGACUUCGCCAAAGGCCGCGAGCUACUGGAGACCUUUUCAAUCCAGGAUCGAUGGACCCAGACCUACAAAUUCGAUCUGAUCAAGUCUUCGAGCGAGGCGAUGCGGAUUGCUAGCAAAAUUAGCUUCCGCGGCGAUGCCCAAGGCGUUCUGAGUUUGCAAUUCAUGGUUGAGGUGGAGGGCGGCGGGGUCAGCUUCUUGGACUUUCGAUUUGUGCCAUUCAUCACGCACGAGGACGAUGAGGAUGAAGAGGGACAGGAUGAGGAUGAGUGA